AUGAAACUUAGUAAACAAGUGGCCAGUAUUUUGACGUUUGCCCUCAAAAAUGCUUUUAAACAUUUGUGCAAAAAGGGCUCAAAACGAGCGUUUGAAUUGAUAAGUGCCACUCCUUGUGUUAAUCAGGCAAAUGCUGAGAUUACAAAAUGUUACACUAGUUUAGUGGAUAUAAUUCAAGGAAUAAAAUAUGCUGAAGAAAACAAACGUAUACCACACUUGUGUUGUGAGUAUUACACGUUGUUUCCGUGUUUGUAUGAAAGGACCAAACGUUUCACAAAAUGCACGACAAAGAAGAUGGACAUCGCUUCAGAUUUUGUCAGAAAUAUAUUUGAAAACAUUAUUUCAUUGCUUUGCGGCGAUUAUACCGAUCAGUCAGAUAAAUGCCAGACUUUAGGUAUAAAUGUUUAA